AUGGUCGUGGUGGUCGCUCACUUGCUUGCAGGUGAGACUGCGCCUAGCGUCCACUUGCUGGCACUCAACUCUCACCUGUGGCUCCAAGUAGCUGGGCUCUGCUCAACGGCCACACCCCGGGCAACCGUCUCGACCGGCGGGCUAAACCAGGUGAGGAGGCCCUGUGCGCUGUGCCGUGUGCACAGGGUUUGCGGAUUCCGCUGGAAGGAAGGUCGGAUGGAACCUUGCGUCGGCACCGUCGUGACGUGGUUCGUCUCUGCACGUCGCUUGACAGCCGGUGACGGGAUGGAUCUCCAUAUCGACAUCGCCUUGACGCGCCCACCCUCGCCGACGGAGACCGCGGCUUACGGCGAAUUCGAGUCGCUCUCCACUACAACCCGAAGUCGUGGUCCCAUAGUGGAGUUCGGCCGUGCCACAACGGCACAUGGCAGCCCUAUUCAGGGAUGGCACUGCCAGCCCCCACGAGGGGAAGGGCCUAGAAAAGGUGGCCUAAACAUUGCUGGGUACCACGCCGUCUCCAGGCUAGCCAGGGCCGCAGACGUCUAAACAUGGUCGAAACAAUCAAAAUCGAAACAACAACAAUACCAAUAACAACAACAACAACAACCAUAUUCAUUCUCCUCAUCCUACCUCCGUCUAUUCUUCUGCCUCUUCUUCUCCUUCGUCAUCUUCUCCUCCAUCUCCUUCCCGUCGCCCCACUCGUUGUCACCAGACUGGCAGGGUGAGCGCGCUCACUCUGGCAGCCUGGAAUGUUCGUUCCCUUUUAGACAAUCCGAGGAGCAACCGACCGGAGCGGAGGACGGCGCUAGUGGCACGAGAACUGGCGCGCUACAAGGUGGACAUCGCCGCACUCAGCGAGACCCGUUUCUCCGAACAAGGCCAACUGGAGGAGGUGGGUGCUGGCUACACCUUCUUCUGGAGCGGUCGACCCAGGGCAGAGCGACGGGACGCGGGCGUCGCCUUCGCCAAUCGGAAUGACAUCGUGGGACGACUGCCCUGUUUGCCGCAGGGCAUCAACGAUCGCCUGAUGAGCCUCCGCCUGCCUCUCCGGGGAGGCAAAUUCGCCACCAUUAUCAGCGCCUACGCUCCGACGAUGACCAACCCCGACGCCGUCAGAGACAAAUUCUACGAGGACAUGUACGCCCUCUUGGCGACUGUGUCGAAGGCGGACAAGUUGAUUGUCCUUGGCGACUUCAACGCCCGCGUCGGCACAGACCAUACUACCUGGAGAGGAGUGCUGGGUCCCCACGGUCUCCGCGGCUCAAACGACAAUGGUCUGCUUCUCCUCCGCGCCUGCGCAGAACACCGCCUCACCCUGACGAAUACCUUCUUCUGUCUGCCGGUGCGAGAGAAGGCCACCUGGAGGCAUCCUCGGUCGCGUCAGUGGCACCUGCUGGACUAUGUCCUCGUCCGGAGGCGAGAUCAGCGGGACGUGCUGGUGACGAAGGCGAUCGCGGGUGCUGACGGGUGGACCGACCAUCGCCUCGUCAUCUCGAAGAUGCGUAUUCGCCUACAGCCUCGCAGGAGACCACAAGGUAAGCGACCCCCAGGUAAGCUGAAUGUUGCUUUGUUGUCUUUGCCUGCUCACCGUCUCCAUUUCAGCAAUGAGCUAGCUCAACGGCUAGACAGCCUUCCUAUCGCUGCCGCCGCCGACGACGCUGCCGCCGCCGCCGCCGCCGAGAACGCCUCCGUGGAGAACCGCUGGUGUCAACUGCGAGACACGGUCCAGUCGACGGCGCUCGCCGUCCUCGGUCGCGCUCCCCGCCAACACCAGGACUGGUUCGACGACAACGACGCCGCCAUCAGAAAUCUGAUAGCUGAGAAGAACCGCCUCCACAAAGCCUACGUAGAUCACCCCACUGAUGCCACCAAAGCUGCCUUCUACCGCAGUCGCCGCCAACUUCAGCAACGAGUGCGCGAGAUGCAGGACGCCUGGACUGCUCGCAAAGCUGAGGAGAUCCAAGGGUACGCGGACCGGAACGAAUGGAAGAACUUCUUCUCUGAGAUCAAAGCUGUCUACGGUCCGCCGACGAAGGGCACCGCUCCUCUCCUCUGCGCCGACGGCAGUACUCUCCUGACUGAGAAGACGCAAAUCCUUCAGCGAUGGGCCGAGCAUUUCCGAGGCGUCCUCAACCGCCCCUCCGUCAUCUCCGACGCCGCCAUCGAGCGUUUGCCGCAAGUGGAGACCAACGUGGACCUCGAACUCCCGCCAUCUCUCCAGGAGACCAUCAGAGCAGUGCAGCAGCUCUCCAGCGGGAAAGCACCCGGAUCGGACGCAAUCCCUGCUGAGGUCUACAAGCACGGAGGUCCCCAACUAAUGGAUCACCUGACUGCGCUCUUCCAAGAGAUGUGGCGUCAGGGCGAAAACCCGCAAGAUUUCAAGGACGCAACAAUCGUGCACCUAUACAAGCGAAAAGGGAAUCGCCAAGUCUGCGACAAUCACCGCGGCAUCUUCCUGCUGAACAUCGCCGGGAAGAUCUUCGCACGAAUCCUCCUUAACCGCCUCAAUAACCACCUGGAACAGGGCCUUCUGCCGGAAAGCCAAUGCGGCUUCCGUCGUCAUCGUGGGACCACGGAUAUGAUCUUCGCCGCCCGCCAACUUCAGGAGAAGUGUCAGGAGAUGCGGACCCACCUGUACUCUACUUUCGCGCAUCUGACGAAAGCAUUCGACACGGUGAAUCGUGAAGGACUGUGGAAGAUCAUGCAGAAAUUCGGCUGUCCGGAGCGAUUCACUCAGAUGGUGCGUCAGCUGCACGACGGUAUGAUGGCGCGAGUCACGGACAACGGAGCUGUCUCAGAGGCAUUCGCAGUGACCAACGGAGUGAAGCAGGGCUGUGUGCUGGCGCCUACCCUCUUCAGUCUUAUGUUCUCUGCCAUGCUGAUGGACGCCUACCGCGACGAACGCCCCGGGAUCCGCAUCGCCUACAGGACGGACGGUCACCUCCUGAAUCAACGGCGGAUGCACUUCAAAUCGCGCGUAUCCCCAACCACCGUGCACGAACUCCUCUUCGCCGACGACUGCGCCCUGAACGCCACCUCGGAAGAGGAGAUGCAACGGAACAUGGACCUGUUCUCCGCCGCCUGCGAGAACUUCGGUCUGGUCAUCAACACACAGAAGACGGUGGUGAUGCACCAACCGCCACCCAACACGGCCACAGCCCCCAACGUGCCGCCGCAAAUCAGCGUGAAUGGGACCCAACUGCAAGUGGUGGAUAACUUCCCGUACCUGGGCAGUACCCUCUCCCACAACACCAAGAUUGAUAACGAAGUCGCCAACAGGAUCUCGAAAGCCAGUCAAGCCUUCGGUCGCCUCCAAAGCACAGUUUGGAAUCGUCAUGGUCUUCAAAUGAGCACCAAGCUGAAGAUGUACAAGGCCGUCAUCCUGCCGACACUACUGUAUGGAGCGGAGACUUGGACGGUGUACGCCAAGCAGGCACGUCGUCUGAACCACUUCCACCUCAGUUGUUUUCGUCGCAUCCUGAGGCUGAAGUGGCAGGAUCGAAUCCCCGACACUGAUGCGCAGGAACAGACAGGAAUCCUCAGCAUCUACGCCAUACUGAAACAAAUGCAGCUGCGCUGGAGCGGCCACCUGGUGCGCAUGGACGACGAGCGACUACCCAAACGACUCUUCUACGGAGACGUCGCGACGGGUUGAAGGGGGCCAGAUUCACCUUUACAAGGAUACCCUGAAGUCCUCCCUGAAAUGCCUGCAAAUCAACCCCACCAACUGGGAGGAGCUCGCACUCGAUCGACCGGCCUGGAGGAGGACAGUGAAGACAGGCGCUGCGAUCUACAAAGCCAACCGCAUCGCUGCCGCCAAAGCGAAACGUGAAGCCCGCAAAUCACAACUUCGGCCAGUAAGCAACGCCGCCGCACAACCGCUUCCAACGUGUCCUCGAUGUAAGCGGACAUUCCGGGCUCGAAUCGGACUUGUUGGACAUCUUCGGACUAACUGCGCCUCUCGAACGGCACCAACCAUCGUCCCCCCGCCUGCCUCUUCCUCCUCCUCUCCGCCACCAACUAACCCUGACAAUUCUUCUAAAUCCAUCACUUCUACCAUUCUCCUCCUUCUCAUCCUCCUCCUCCUCCUCCUCCUCGCCCACUGCUCCAACGGCGGCCGCUCAGGCGACUGUCCCGCGCACGGCAACCGACACUACCACCACCUCCCCCGACUCCAGGGAUGA